AUGUAUGCAUUGGAGAUUAGUGCUGAUGGGGACUGUUACUUGUGUGUGCUGCCUGACCCUGGUAUAGAGGCUAGUACUCUAGGUGCUGGUGAGGCGGCAACCUUAGUUGCGAGCGAGUCUGCUCUCUCAAGUACUACGCCUGAUGAGGCCUUGCACACCUUCACGCUUCACUCAGGUCCACCACUGUGCUUCGUGCCCGGCGGUUCCGUCUGGCUCACUGUCAGGUCUCCACCUCCCCUCGUUCUCGACGACUUGGUGAGCAAUGCCGUCAUCCAAGAUCAUUGGGUUGACACCUUUUCCCCCGGAGGACAGCGUGUGGCGAUCUGUACGUGCUCCAUGACUGGCCGUCACCUGGCCACGUUCGCCCGUCAGCCAGGGUCGAGUCUUUACACACCGACGACUGUGUCUCCUCAGGUAGCUGCUAUCGGUCAGGUGUCUGCGUCAGGUCAGGUAGCCUCCCCUUGUGAGCGUCGCUCCUUGUCGCACCAGACUCUUCUCUGGCACCACCGCCUGGGUCACCCCUCCUUACCACGUCUCCGUGGUAUGCACCGUCGCCUCCUUGUGUCUGGUCUUCCUAGGUCUCUCCCUCCCCUCCCUGCCUCGCCUGCGCCGCCCUACCUUCCUUGCGUCGAGGGGCUGGCAGCACUCCGCAUCCUCACUCCUCCUCGUUUCCCCUACAGAGGCUCCUCUGCAGACCCUCCACCUGGACGUGUGGGGUUUAGCCCGCGUUCGUGGUCAGGGCGAUCCCUUGGAUCCGAGCAGUUCGUCCUCCGGCUCCGCCGCAGGUUUCCGCCAGGACCUGCCUAUCUGCGUCUGCACUCUGAUAGAGGUGGUGAGUUCUCCUCCGACCUCUUGCGGGCCUUCUAUCAGGGGGAGGGCAUGAAGCAGUCGUUCACGCUUCUGGGCUCAGUGCAGCAAAAUGGGUUUGCUGAGCGCCGCAUUGGCUUAGUCUUUUACCACCCCACCUCGCGCCGUGUCUUCCCCUCUCAGGACGUCACCUUUGACGAGUCAGUUCAUUUCUACCAUCUCUUCCCCUACCGCACUGCCCCUCUCCCUCCCCCGCCGCUUUUCCUCACUGCAGGUCCCCCUCCGAUAGACCCCUCCCCCCUCGAAGUCCUGCUCCUUGGGGCUGUGUUGAGGAGUGCGGAGCCUUGGGGUGCUGGGCUUGCGGUUGCGGAGUCUAGGGGUGCUGAGUCUGUCCGUGAGGUGCUGGGGGUGCGGAGCCUGGGGGUGCUGAGCCUACGACAGGCACGAGAGUGGCUUGCGUCGCGUACCCGCCAGCGGAGUCGUGCUGCUGGAGCUGCUUGUCGUGGAGGCGCUGGGAGUGCUGGUGUCUCUGGUCCUGGAGGUGCUCGUACUGGAGGUACUGGAGCUGCCGGGACUGGGACUGCUCCUCGAGCUGGAGGUGUCGGCUUUGGGGGUGCUGCUGCUGGAUGUACUAGGGCUGGAGGCCCUGGAGCUGGUGCUGUCGACCCUGGCAUUAACGACCCUGUUGCUGGAGGUGCCGGUUCUGGGGGUGUUGAUAGUGGUGGCGCUGGAGCUGGAGGUUUUGGAGCCGCUGGAGGCGCUGGAGCUGGGGGUGCUGAUGCUGUAGUCACUGGAGCUGGAGGUGCUGCUACUGGAGGCGUUGGAGCUGGAGGUUCUGGAGCUGCUGGAGGCGCUGGAGCUGGAGGUGCUGCUGUUGGAGUCACUGGAGCUGGAGGUGCUGCUGCUGGAGGUGCUGGAGCUGGAGGUUCUGGAGCUGCUGGAGGCGCUGGAGUUGGAGGUGUUGCUGCUGGAGUCACUAGAGCUGGAGGUGCUGCUACUAGAGGCGCUGGAGCUGGAGAUUCUGGAGCUGCUGGAGGCGCUAGAGCUAGAGGUGCUGCUACUGGAGUCACUGGAGCUAGAGGUGCUGCUGCUGGAGGUUCUGGAGCUGCUGAAGGUUCUGGAGCUGCUGGAGGCGCUGGAGCUACUGGAACUGGUGGCACUGCACCGCCGCGACUGUUUUUGGCUCCCCUGUCACCGUCGUCUCUGCCACCGCGUGUCUACGUGCUUCGCCAGGUUCUUAGCCUCCCGUCUUCUACAGGCCUCCCGUUAAAGUCCGGCGCACCACUGCCUGCCCCUUCUCCUUACACUGAGCAGACAAACUCCCUUACAGAGCGUCGUGAGCCUCCGUCUCGUCCUGCCUCGCCUGUUCGCGCGCGUCGCACUGAUAGUCGUGUUCCUCCUGAGCGUCCGCCUCCUGUCCCUGGCACGCGCGCUAUGGCACUUCGUCCUUCCUCUGUUCUACAGCGUGUUCCCCUACCGUCUCCUCCUGCAUCUUCACUGCCUGACGUUCAAAACCCUUGA